ACUUCCCUUUUUUAAAAGCCUUUCUUUAAAUCCCAUUUUCAUUUCAGUGAAAUAAAUAAAAGUCAUCUCUAAAUUCCCUUCAUCUCCAUCCCCAAUGACGGACAGAGUCCACCCCAACGCCGCCGCCGCUGCCGCUGCCGCCAACGGCGCUCCGGCUGCCCCCAAGACCGCUCCAUUUCCCGCCACGAAAUCUCAACUCUACGGCGCCAGCCGCCCUGCCUACCGCCCUCAGCCACACCACCGUCGUCGCCGCAGCCGCAGUUGCUGCUGCUCCGUCUGCCUCUGGUUAUCCCUUACUAUCAUCCUCCUAAUCUUCCUCCUCGCCAUUGCCUCCGCCGUCGUUUACCUAAUCUACCGCCCUCACCGACCGUCGUUCUCCGUCUCCGCCGUGAAACUCUCUCAGUUCAACAUCACUUCCUCUUCACUUCUGAAUUCUAAGUUCGAUCUCAAUGUUUCCACCAGAAAUCCUAACAAAAAGCUGGUGUUCACUUACAAUCCGGUCUCGAUUUCAAUAUUCUCCAACGAAAUCGAUAUCGGCCAUGGAGUAUUGCCUGGAUUCGUGCACAAUACGAAGAAUACGACUCUAUUGAAGACAUCGAUUAUCAGCAAAGGCCAACAACUUGAUAGUUCAUCGGAGAGUACCUUGAAAAGUAGUAUGAAGAGCAAAAAAGGUUUGCCGUUACAAAUUCAACUCGAUACAAAGGUGAAACUGAAGAUGGGAGCACUUAAAAGCCCUAAAAUCGGAAUUAGGGUUUCUUGUGACGGAAUUUCUGUAAACGUUCCCACUGGUAAAUCUCCGGCCACCGCCUCAACUUCCGGUGCAAAAUGCAAGGUUGAUCUUAGAAUAAAGAUCUGGAAAUGGACCAUCUAAUAACAGAGGAUAAGAGAGAAAAUUUGAAGAACACGAAGAAGAAGAACAAAAAAAAAGGUCUAUGGUUUUAUUUUAUUAUUAUUACUUUUUUUUUUUUUUUUUGUAUUUUUCUUUUCCCGAAAUUUAAUUUUCGCCAUCUCUGAUUAUAUAUUUUUUUUCUUUCUAAACUUUCGUAACAUUUUUUGUUUUUGGCUUUUUUGUUAAAAUAUUUAGAAUAUUUUGUAAAUGGAAUUAAGCCUGAUGAUUGAAUUGUGCGUAAGAAUUUGAUUUUCCA